CUUGGGACAUGGGCGAGGGAGAGGAGGAGGAGGAGGAGGAGGAGGAGGAGGAGGAGGAGGAGGAGGAGGAGGAGGAGGAGGAGGAGGAGGAGGAGGAGGCUGAGACUGAGGAGGAGGAGGCUGAGGAGGAGGAGGAGGCUGAGGAGGAGGAGGAGGCUGAGGAGGAAGAGGAGGAGGAGGAGGAAGAGGAGGAGGAGGAGGAGGAGGAGGAGGAGGAGGAGGAGGAGGAGGAGGAGGAGGAGGAGGAGGAGGAGGAGGAGGAGGAGGAGGAGGAGGAGGAAGAGGAGGAGGAGGAGGAGGAGGAGGAGGAGGAGGAGGAGGAGGAGGAGGAGGAGGAGGAGGAGGAGGAGGAGGAGGAGGAGGAGGAGGAGGAGGAGGAGGAGGAGGCUGAGACUGAGGAGGAGGAGGCUGAGGAGGAGGAGGCUGAGGAGGAGGAGGCUGAGGAGGAGGAGGAGGCUGAGGAGGAGGAGGAGGCUGAGGAGGAAGCGGAGGAGGAGGAGGAAGAGGAGGAGGAGGAGGAGGAGGAGGAGGAGGAGGAGGAGGAGGAGGAGGAGGAGGAGGAGGAGGAGGAGGAGGAGGAGGAGGAGGAGGAGGAGGAGGAGGAGGAGGAGGAGGAGGAGGAGGAGGAGGAGGAGUAGUCAUUUGGAGGAGGACGACAAGUAGACACUU